CGGUCAAAAUUGGAUUAUGCUUAGGCACAAACGCAACUGCCACGCCAUUCAGACGCCCAGCGACGCCGAGCAUGUGAAGUUAAAGCCGCAUUUUCAUCCGCCCCAGUGGCUCCUGUACCGCGUCACCUUUUCUCUGGAGCUGUAUCACAAGAAUAUCAUUAAGAAACUGCCCCGUCUUGGCCAAUUUCACGUGUACCGGCUGACCAAGAACGUCUGCCAGACUUAAGUAACCCACUAAAACAGCCCCCAUUAAUCCGCAAUAAACUCAAAAUAAUACAAAAAAUAAAAAGACAAUGUGCGUUUAAUAACCAAACAAAAAGUGCAACUAAUUGGAAAGAAGUGUGCAACACUUAUCCACAAAAUCAAAUACUCAAGUGCAAUA